AUGCGCGUACUGGGCUUGCCGAAGAAGCUCUUUGGCGACAGCUCGUCGUCGGCCGCGCCCGGCCCUCGCGCCUCGUCGCCAGCGUCGCCGCUGCGCCUCGUCAUGCCCGCCAUCUCGCCUGUCGCGGCCGCGACGUUUCCGUCGGCCGACCAACGCGCGCAGCUGCAGACCAUGGGCAAGCAGUCGUGCACGUCGCUGAAGCGCCUCGCCUUCUCCAUGGCCACGGUGCGCGAGUCGUGGGAGCGCCUCGAGACCGACAACAACAUGGAGAUGUUCUACCUCAAAGACACCGACGACCACGAUGGCACCAUGCACGUGUGUGGCCUUGCCCACGUCCAUGCCACCAUGACCGACUUUGCCGCCGCGAUGCAGCUGCCACCGUCCAAAGCCUAUGGUGCGUCAACAUGCAGCGGGCCACCGUCGCUCGCCGACGACAUCUUGGCUUGCGAGUCGCUCGUGUCUGUGGACGACAAGACAUCCAUCCAAUGGCUCGCCAUGAAGAGCGCGGACGGUAUGCUCCACCGCGACUUUGUCGUGCUCCAGCGCUCGGAUACCUUUACGGACGGCGACGGCGUCCGCGGCCACAUCAUCUCAAUGCACUCGAUGGACUUUCCGGGCGCACCACCGCAGUUUGACCAAGUCGGCGUCAUGAAGCCCCCGAAAGCGUACCGCUUUGUGCGUGGCGGCAUGUACCGGUCGGGCUUUGUGAUCCUCGAAGACGCCAGUCGCCCGGGUGUCCUCGACGUCUUGGCCCUUUUCAAAGUGGACUUCAAGGGCGACAAGCAGCUCAAGCACGUGCGGUCGACCCUCGUCCAGUGGUUUCACUUUCUUGGCGACCUCAACCAGUACUACUUGAGCGCCAAGCUGCACGCCAAAGGCGCGCCGCGCAUUCGCCACGCGCCUGCGUCCAGCGCCAAGUCGAAAGCGCGUCGCUGCGAGUCGUGCGCCCAGCCGUUCAAGUUCCAGCUCCAGUUCCGAGCACCCGUGCGCGACCAGUGCCUCAUGUGCGGUGCGAUCAUCUGCGGCGCGUGCAAGAUCGACUACAAAGCCAAAGACGCAGCUGCCGUCGUCCAAGUGUUCUGCAUCCCGUGCCUCGACAAGUGGAACCCGGACCCGACGACAAGUAUCAAGUUGAUUCAACCGACAAACCUCCCGGGCCAGACGCCCAGUCCCGUGCUCGCGCCUGUGACGCCCGAGCCCGAACCCGAGCUCGCGUCGCCGGCCGACAAGACCAAAGCCCCGCACAACCUCCUCGGCCUUGGCAGCGAACCUGUGCUCCGCUCAGAAAUGGAGAACCCACCGCCCGUGCCCCGUCGGCGCAGUGUCGGCCAAGACAACAAGGACACCAAGGACGAUUGGCCUGCCGUGCGGUACGAGCGCAGCUGCUCCGUGCCCGACCCAGUGCACAAGAGCAUCGCGGCGAUGGAGACGGUGCACCUCGACUCGCUCGACUACCGCGUCUCGCUCUACGGCCGGUUCUCGAUCUCAACGGCGUCCAAGGCCGACCUGGAAGCGCGGCUCGAGUGGAUCACGGCGAGUUCCCAAGCGAUGGACGCGACAGUGACGCAGCUGACGCGGGAUGGGAAGCUCCGGCGUGCAAUGCAAGUCAUGCAGGAGAAGAAGACCCUCCGCGACGAAGCCAUCCAAGUGCAAGCAGCGCUUGACGCGAUGCACGAGACGUCGGGCGACUCGCUCGAAGCUCAAAUCAGCCGCCUCCAAGCCGCUCUGAGCGAAGUGGUGCUCGAUGGCGCGUCGUCCGACCUCCGCGCCAAGCGCGAACGCCUCCUGCGCCGCGCCAACCUCAAGGCGGAGCUCAAAGCCGCCCAAGACGCCCUUCAGAAAAGGACGGCUGCCAACCGCCGCGAACAGAACGGGUCGCUGCUGUUCAAUCCCGACAUUUUCGUCCUCGACGGUCAAAUGGAUGUGCUGCGCGGCGAACUGCAUCAUUGCGUCAUGCAAAUCUCGGCGGCGCAAAAGCGGGGCGAUGCCGAGGCCGUGACAACGCUCACGACGCAGCGACUUGAGAUCAAAGAACACAUGGCGACGAUCCAAGACCAGCUUGUGCAGCUCGGCGCGCCGUCUGUGGGCAACCGUAGCUCGAUUGCUGGUCGGCGGUCGACGAUCGUCCUUGGCGAUGAAGAAUCCAAGCCGUGCCACGACCACGAGCCGACGCCGUCCGUCGAAGCUCCCCGGCGACCCGAUAUCGUCGUCCUCGAUGAUGCAAUGCUGCUUGAAGAUGACCAAGCCCAAGACGAGAAUGAUGAGGCUCACGACGAGGACGACGCCCAAGACGACACCCCAGACAACGUCCAAGUCGAAGACAAGACGACGUGUCUGAGGCGUGUGCCAUGGAACACGACGUCGAAUUGA